CUCUGAAACCGGAAGUGAGGCGUCCUUUUGUUGUGCUGCAGUGUGAGCGUUAGCUGUGAACAUGUCCGGCAUCAGAGAGUUCAUCAGCGAGCGGCUGACUGCCGCCGCGGAGGAAAUCUUCUCGGUCUUCCAGAGAACCAUCGCCCAGUACGAGGAAGAGCUGGACCGCCAGCGCAGACUGCUGGACGGCGGCUGGAGACCGGACUGCGGCUUCCAGAGAGCAGAUUUCCCUCGGUGUUCUGUCAGGACGAAGCAGAUCCCUGCUGAGCUGCAGCUCCAGAACCAGCAGGACUCCAGUUUGGACCAUCCACAGAUCAAAGAGGAGCAGGAGGACGUGUGGAGYGCUCCGGGGGACGGACAGCUGGUCCUGAAGCAGGAGCCUGACGUCCUGAUGGUGGCGCCGUCGCUCCAGGAGGGAAACCUCAGCGAACCGGAAUCAGACCGGAUCCAACAGGAGAGACCGGAUCGGGACGGAGGAUGGACGGACGAAUCCGGGCCGGACAGAGACACGGAGCUGAAGGGCAGCCGGGUCAGGACGCUGAUGGACAACUGUCCCCUGUUGGAGAGUAAGAGAGACAGAAGAGACGGAAAAACCUCGGAGAACUUGGAAAGUACGACUCACUACAGAAUCCACACAGACUUUCCAAAGCAUUUUCUCUGGAAGGAGGCAAAUAUUCCCGUUGGCCAGGCGGGAAACUCCAGUCUGGACCGGGAGCAACCAGAAGCUCCUGAGAUUAAAGAGGAGCAGGAAGACGUCUGCGUUCGUGAUGAAGCUGAACUGGUGGUGAAGCAGGAGGUCGAUAGCUUCCUAGUGACAUCUGACUAUGAGGAAACUGACCACAGUGAGUCAGAACCACACCAGAACGCCUCCCAUGCAGCUGAGAGGCAGGAUCAGGAAGGAAACUGGGACAAAGACUCGGGAUCCAGCCAGAAUCGGACGAGUCAAAGUAAUGCAGCAGACGAUCUCCCUCCAUUCGAUAGUGUCUGUAAUUCUGACUCUGGUAAUAAAUCGAAAAAAUGUUCUGUCUGUGGGAAAACCUUCAGCAGCAACUUCAAAAUGCGGAAACAUUACAGAGUCCACACGGGAGAGAAACCAUAUUCCUGUAAGAUCUGCAGGAAAGCUUUCCGGGAGAGCAAGUACCUGUCGGUCCACAUGAGAACUCACACUGGGGAGAAGCCAUAUUCAUGUGAAACUUGUGGGAAAAGCUUCAGUCAGAACAGCCAUUUGAGUUCCCACAAGAGAACCCACACGGGGGAGAAGCCGCACCCCUGCAGCACCUGCGGGAGGAGGUUCGCCGAAGCAUCGGCGCUCAGAAACCACAUGCUCACCCACACCGGAGAAAAACCCUUUUCCUGCCAUAUUUGUGGGAAAAUCCUACGGUACAGCAGCAGCUUGUCGGCUCACAUGAAGAUCCACACGGGAGAGAAGCCGUUUGUGUGCAAGACCUGCGGGAAAUGCUUCAGCCACAACAGCAGCCUGAUUUCCCACAUGAGGAUCCACACUGGAGAGAAGUCAUACCAGUGCACGACAUGCGGCCGCUGCUUCAGCCACAGCACUACGCUGCUGCGCCACACCCGCAGCCACACCGGGGAGCGCCCGUACUCCUGCGCCACCUGUGGGAAGUGUUUCAACAGCAGCAGCCACCUGAGCGUCCACAUGACCACCCACACCCGGGAGAAACUGUACUCCUGCACUAUGUGCAGCAAGCGCUUCAGCCACGGUAGCAACCUGGUGCGCCACAUGAGGACGCACACCGGCGAGCGGCCCUACUCCUGCCAGGCCUGCAGCAAGUGCUUCAAAAGCAGCACUCACCUGUCGCGACACAUGAAGACUCACAGGAAGGGUCACAGUCCGGAGGUGGAGAUAGUCCUGGAGGACGGCGGCUCUCCGGCCGCUCAGAAGGCGCUGCAGCAGUUAGCUGUGACCAUGUCCGGCAUGUCUUCAGCCCAGCAUCUCAGAGAGUUCAUCAGCCAGCGGCUGACUGCCGCCGCGGAGGAAAUCUUCUCGGUCUUCCAGAGAACCAUCGCCCAGUACGAGGAAGAGCUGGACCGCCAGCGCAGACUGCUGGACGGCGCCUGGAGACCGGAGGUUCGGCUGGACCGGACAGAACUUCCUGUUCAGUUCCUGAGGAAGGAGAAAGAGGAAGUUCCUGCUGACCAGCAGCUCUGGAAGUCCAGUCCAGACCGGGAGGAACCAGAACCUUCCCGGGUCAAAGAGGAAGAUGASGCUCUCUGCUUCGUCCGUGAUGAAGAGCCGCCGGUUCUGAAGCCGGACGCUGAUAUCACCAUGGUAACGUCUGAACCAGAACCCAGCAGGGACCGGAGCGUGUCCGAGUCGGAGACCCGAGAACCGGCGGGAAGCUGGAGUGACGACUCGGACUCGGCCAGAGAUCGGACCGGGUUCUGGAGCAGCCAGCAGGAAGGUCAAGAACCAGACGCUCUGACUCCAAACAGUGGCCUGCUCGGUGCUGCUGCCGCCGGGGUCAGAGGUCAGGACGGAACCUGGCUCCAGAAGGAGCUGGAGYCGAAGAGGAGACGGGUCAGGAAGAGGAUCAGCGGUUCUGGCCUGGUUCCCGGUGGACUGGGGCUGCGGCCMGUUUCCUGUGACGUCUGCGGGAAAGCYUUCAGGUGCAACUCGGAGAUGCGGGUCCACUUGCGCGUUCACACGGGCGAGAAACCUUUCUCCUGCGACGUCUGCCAGAAGACGUUCAGCUUCAAGGUCAACCUGUCCGUCCACAUGCGGACGCACACGGGAGAGAAACCGUACGCCUGCCAGUUCUGUGAGAAACGCUUCUCGGAUCACUCAUCGCUCCGGAAGCACACCAACGUUCACACAGGAGAGAGGCCGUACUCCUGCGCCGUCUGCGGAAAACGCUUCAGCCGCAGCAGCCACAUGUGGCGGCACGUCAGGGUCCACGCCGGAGAGUUCCGCUGUGGACSAAAACCGAGUGUUGCCACUGAAGUUAUUAAUGUUUUAAAAGCUUCCUUUCUUCCAUCAGACCUGCUGCGACAGUACCUGUGCAAAAAGCCAGAGAUUCCUGCCGCACYGCAGCUUUUGCACCAGCAGGGGGCGUCGGCGCCGACCCGGCAGCAGCCAGAACCUCCGGAGCUUAAAGGUCAUGAGAGAGCAGAGAGUUUCCUCAUCAGAGCUGAACGGACGGGCCCGGAGGAGCAGCUGGUUCUGAAGCUGGAGGCGGACGCCUUCAUGCCGCCUCACCCAGACGGACCCCGCAGGGCUCCAGAACCCAAACACAAGUUUCCUCUGGCAGGAAGAGAGCAGACCAGAACCAGGAACCCGGCCAGCAGCAGAGAGAGCGGCUCCACCUCAGAGAACCGAGACCAAACCCAGAAAUCAGAGCCAACCUUCCAGCAGGAUGCAGAAACAGAUGCUCCACAGCGUUGUGUCUCCCUGGAGGCGGAGCCUCCUGCAGACCGGAAGGAGCAGCAGGAAGCWGAACCUCCACAGAUUAAAGAGGAGCAGGACGAGCAGCUGGAGCUGAAGGAGGAGAUUGACUCCUUCACCGUGACGUCGGCUUAUGAGGAAAGCGGCGAAAGUGAAGCUGAAGGAAACGCAGAGCAGAACGUUUUCCUCGGCUUCCAGGAGGGAAGCUGGGAGCGAGAGUCCGGAUCAGCAAGCAGCGCCGACCCGAUGCCACGUCUUAAACUCAUGAGUUACAGUUUCAACCCGAGCGCUGAGAGUCCGAGCAACGCCGGGACCAGCGACGGACCYUCAGGAUGUCAGAUCUGUGGGAAAAACUUUGGCAGCGACUCAGAAUUAAAGGAACAUUUUAAAAUCCACGCGGUGGAGAAGCCGUUUUCCUGCAACGUGUGUGGAAAAGCUUUCAAAUACAACAUCAAGCUGCUGAUCCACAUGAGGACGCACACUGGGGAGAAACCAUUUUCCUGCGAAAUCUGCGGUAAAGGCUUCAGCCAGAAGGUCAAUCUGAACGUCCACAUGAGGACGCACACGGGCGAGAAGCCGUAUCUCUGCAAGACCUGUGGAAAGAGGUUCUCUGACCAGUCUGGCUUUAAACGCCACAUGACCAUCCACACGGGCGAGAGGCCCUACAUCUGUAAAACCUGCAACAAAGCCUUCAGGUACAGCGUCCACCUCAUGGUCCACAUGCGAACGCACACGGACGAGCGGCCGUACUUCUGUAAGACCUGCGGCAGAACCUUCUCCGACCCGUCCACACUCCGGAAGCACACCAUGACCCAUACGGGCGAGAGAUCCUACUCCUGCCAGACCUGCGGGAAGUGCUUCAGCGACAACAGCAACCUGCUGCGGCACAUGAGGACGCACACGGGCGAGAAGCCGUAUUCCUGCGAGAUCUGCGGCAAAAGCUUCAGCCAGAGCAGCAACCUGAUGCAGCACAUCCGCACCCACACGGGCGAGCGACCGUACCCCUGCGGCAUCUGCGACAAGAGCUACAGCCACAGCUGCACGCUGCUCAAACACAUGAGGAGCCAUUCGGGCGAGAAGCCGUACUCCUGCGAGCUCUGCGGCAGAUGUUUCAGUCACAAAUGCACGCUGCUGAAGCACAUGAAGAUCCACACAGACGGCGGCGCUGUGCAGUCCUGAAAACCCUGAAAGCAUCACGUCAGGAGGCGAGCUGGUCGGUUAGUUCAUCAUUUUCUGAUAUCUUCUCUUUUCAUAACUGAACUUUAUCAUCUCUGGGACAAAAACUGAAACGGUUUGUUGAUUUUCUGWGGAUCUGCAAAUGAAGCAAAUCAUGUUCAAAAGAAGAAAAACCGACGACUCAAAUGUUCUCCUCACUGCCAGCACCAACAUCACACAUACGCAGAAAAAUAUGAAGAAUAUUCGUAUAUUGCACUUUGUGCGAUGCUUUUUCAAGUCUGAGGAUUCAGACUGAGGACAUUCAGUGAUUCACCACUGAUGGUUGCAGACUGACCGAGCGGUGGGGCAGCCCACCAGGGCGGGAUUCGAACCAGCARCAGUCAGUGUUAGGGCCAGGCCAACAACAAACAUUUAAUUAUGAGAAUAAAUUCACACAAUUACAAGAAAAAAGUCAUAAUAUGACAAUAAUGUAAUUUACCAAAUUAAAGUUGUAAUAAUAGGAGAAUUUUGUGAAUUUCUUCUCGUAAUUUAAAAAUAACUUUCUUUUAGUCUGACUUUUUUUUGGCAACACUCAGUUUUGUUGUCUUCUACAGUACAAUCUUCAUCAUCUUCAUCAUCAUCAUCAUCGUCGUCGCCGUCAGACUGGUGGUUAGCUGUAGCAUCUUCACCUCAGCUGUUUGCUGCUCCACAUUUACAGACAUUUUCUUAAAAAUGAAAUAACAAGCUGAAGACAACCAAAUAUGUUUUAGUGGGAUGUUUUUAAAGAGUGGAUGUUAUUAUAACCCACCUGGUCGUAGCGGUGGGGAGAAACCCCACAGCUGCAGAGGGAUGAAGGUCAUCUGAGCAGGUUGGGCCAAGAAAACGGUUUUAUUGCUGAAAGUCCGAUUCACUGUGAGCAGAGAUGAAAAGCUUUAACUUCCUGGUCUGAUCUGAAUGAUUGUGAGGAUAAUUAGUCUACAGGUUGGGCUGAUUUCAAUGUCUUCUGGUGGGAAAGUGUUAAAGAAUAGUGAAAUAUCGUCAGCGUAGCGACAGAUCUGUUCAAUGCUCUGGGUUGGAUUUAUUCUGUGUGACUCAGUGAUGUGAGCGACUUACAAGGUGGUGAAGAUCGUAAACGUGGGUUUAAAGGCCCAGUUCUGUUGGCUGGUAACCCCUAAACGUCGGCUUCAGGCGGUUUUCACGGCGUGUUGUCUAAAAGGAUUUGAAUCAGACGGAACGGCGUGAAGGUCAGGCAAAAUGGCCUCACUGAUUUCCACUCGGAUCAAACAUCUGAAGGGUUAAAGGUGAUGCAGCUCAGAGUUUUUCCCUUCAGGUUGAUCGUUUUUGACGUCUGCAGUUUGAGUGUUGGAUGUUCAGUAACUCACAGCUUCAGGAUCUGCAGGCUGAGAACAAACAGGAAGAUUGAGAGCAGAUAGAUCUACGUACAUGAAGCCAGUCAGGCCUGAAGCAUCAGAACCUGCUGACCACAGCCCGGUUCUGACCUGUGAUGCUUUAACACUCGUUCAGUGCCUUGACCUCCUGGAGACCCUUGGACAUCGGAUGACCCAGACACACGUGACUCCGCCUCCUCUUAUUGGCGGGUUCGCCUGUUCACUGAUGUUCUCUGUGGAACAUGUUAUUAUUUGCUUUUUUCAGAGUAUUUCUAAAGAAAAUGCAGCUUGGGAAGCUGAGGCACCUGGUUGGUGCUGCAAAGCAGCCAAUCCAAGAGAGCCAUUGAUUCAGCUUGGAUCUGAUUGGCUGAACCCCUCCAAGAAGAUCAUGACUGUGGUAGAGCUAAGAUGGUUUCCAGAGUGUGUGAUGGUGCAUGUUGAGGUGAAUCCGGUUUGGGUUGUGGAGCUGGAGGCAGCAGCAGCUUCACCUGGAAGAGGAGCAGCGAAGCUCUGAGCGGGGAAAACCUUCAGCUCCUCUGGGUCCGACCCGCCGCAGCUGAUUGGACAAGCCAGCUGGAUGAGCCAGCUGAUUGGACGAGCCAGCUGGAUGAGCCAGCUGAUUGGACGAGCCAGCUGGAUGAGCCAGCUGAUUGGACGAGCCAGCUGGAUGAGCCAGCCGGAUGAGCCAGCUGAUUGGACGAGCCAGCUGGAUGAGCCAGCUGAUUGGACGAGCCAGCUGGAUGACCCAGCUGAUUGGAUGAGCUUCAGGAUGACAGCUUCUUCUAGCCCCUCAGUGAGGAAAUUCAGAAAUAGUUUCUUAAUCCCAAAGGGAAGUGAAAUGUUGCUGUGACUGAUUAAUUUGGAUUCCUGAAGCAGUUAUUGAAGAUGGAGGGAAAAAUGUCCUGCAGCAGUCUGUGCUGCACUGAAUCUGAAGAAGCCUCUGACUGAAGAAACGAUCAUCCUGAAACGUUGCUUCAUUUAAAUCAGCUUCUUUCGAUAAAGAUGAUUUUUGCUUCAUGUAGUUUAGAUUAUUUUUAUUUGUGUUUAUUGUUUUAAACUCUUGCAGUUCUUGGUUUGACCUGCAGGAAACGAGAUUAAACGACAAACAUCACUAAAUAUUUUCCUUACAUGGUCCUUAUAAUUACCUGAUAUUUACUGCAGUCCAAAGAGCUUGUAGUGAUUUUGCUUCAUUUGUGACUUAUUAUUCUAUUAAUGAAGUUUAUUAUUCUAUGACUUUUUAAUAUAAUUGUUAUAUUUAUGUAUUCUGCCCAACAUUUCCAGGGACUUUAUUCUUUCUGAGGAUUCCCAGCUUCAACUCAGAGCUUAAUGAAAGCUUUAAGCGCCACCUAGUGGAUGCGUUUAAAUGUUCAGACUGACUGAAGGACGGGCUUUAGGGGCUGCAGCCUGGAGCAAGAAGGUUGUGGGUUUGAAUCCCAGCCUGGGGUCUUGUUGUUUUCAUGUUCUCGCUGUGAGUUCGGCUUUCCGGGCCUUCCGACAGAGACGGAUGUAAUCCGGAGGAAGAAGCGAUUGUAGCUGAGACCAAACAGUUUCCUGUCUCUGCAGAUCAGAGGUGUCCAAAGUGUGGCCCGGGGGCCAAACGUGGCCCAUGUGCAAUUCAACUGCAAUUCAAAAAUGAUACAAAUUUAACCCGUUGAUGCAGAUGGAAGAUUUUAAUUUGUAAUUUUCUCACAAUGGAAAAUAUAAAGUGCAACACAAAUUUUUGUCUUUUUAUAACUAAUAUUUAACAAAAGAUAAAACUGUGUUUAUUUAAAGACUUUUACUGAAAUUAUUUACCAAAAUCAGCUUUUAUUUAAUCUGUUAAAUGUUAGUAAAUAUAUAGCAAAUGUUUUGAAAGAUUGUCCAACGGAGCAGAAAAGAAACUGAAAACUAGAUGCUUUUCUUUAGAUGCAGCCGCAUUUUGACCAUUUUACUAAAUUUCCAGAAUAAAACUCAGAAAUGUUGAAAGUAAUUCUCAGAAAUUUUCUACAAUAAACUUGGAAAUUCCUGAGUUUCAAAUGUUGGAAAUUUUUGACUUUUGAAACUUUUUUGACAUUUUUUCUAGAAAAUUUCUGAGACGAAUCUCAAUUUAUGGGUUUUGGUGAAAAUUAACUUUUUUAUUAUUUUAUUUUUUACCUACUACAGCCCUAAUAUCCUAUCAUAAAAAUCACAUUCAGGUUUUGGAACUACAAUAAAUAUCCAUUAAAAAAAAAAAAUCUGUUUUUUGAUUUAAGUUUUUCUUAUUGUUGACAAAAGUUUGUCCGCCCUGUUUAGAUCAUCGCUGUUUCCCGUCUCGUCCUGUUAUCCUGAGCGUAACCAUAACGACGCCAGCAGGAACUCGGGUUACCCUUUGACCUCUGGAGUCUGUAAACUCCUGUGAAAGUAGAAAUAGGUGGAUCAGUAAAUGCUGCCGUUCAACGUCUGGCAGGUUUUGCUUCAGCUGUUUGUAUGAAUGAAUGUUUCUGGUCAAACUGAUGACAAAAACAGAAGAAAACAGAAAAACCAUUUCAUAGGAGGACAAAUCCAGCCAAACCAACGGCUCUGCAGCAGCACCAGGACUGAGGAUGUGAAGAAUCUCAAGUGUUUCGGCUGUUUUGCAGUUUUCUGGAAGUUUCUUCCAGAUUUGUGGUGCAUAGAAGCUGAAUGCUGCUUCUCCACGUUGGGUUUUUAUUUGUGAGAGGAGCCAAGUUUAGCAGGCCAACAUGGAUGAAGCUGGUUCGUCUUUCUGAUGAGUUCUUGUAUUUUGUUUUUAUCUCUGUACAGUGCGUUGGCCCACUGUAGUUGUAGUUGCAAUGUUCUUUAUAAAUCAAACUGGGUUGGG